CCAAGGAAUAAAGUAUAAAGUAAUAGGUGCCAACAGACAUUGCAAUAAAUGUAUUCAUAAUUUCAGUUGCGGUUUGCAACGUACCACGUAUUCUAUUUUCAUAAAGUUCGCUACCAAUUAGACUAGGCUUUGGUGGUUUAUAUGAUCACAUUAAAAUUCAAAACGCUUUUAUCUUCGUAGUUCACAGUUCAAAUUAAUAUUUACAAAAGUUGAAAGUUUCUUUGGUUUUAUUGCAGUGCACCUACGUAGCCCCGUACUAGAUGGACGAACAUCAUGAACACCACAAUAUGGAUAUGGGCCAUGCUGGGCAUGAACACCAUGGGAUUGAUCAUUCAAGACAUAUAGGCCACCAAAUGCCUAUUAAUGGACUUCUUAAUUCAUCAUAUAACAGAAUUGUGCACAACACAGAUAUGAAUGAUCACAAUGUCCACACUUUUUCAGGCCAUGGUGAUCACAGUAGCCACAAUAUGGGCAUGUCCAUGACGUUUCACGGUGGCUACAUUGAAACUAUUCUCUUCUCUUGGUGGAACGUAACAGAAGUUGGUGAAUUUGUGGGAUCAUUUUUUGCAAUAUUUAUUAUAGCUUUGCUCUAUGAAGGCCUUAAAUAUUAUAGAAAGCAUUUACUAUGGAAGACAUAUGCAGGACUACAGUAUUGUGCCGUAGCACCACCAGACAAGGGAGUUGCCAAUAUUUGUGCAGCAGAUGAACCACAAAUUGUACAGCCAAUUCCUCAUAUGCUUGAAAGAAAUGUUCCUACGAUGAUGAGCACAGCACACGCAUGGCAAACGAUACUUCAUGGGGUUCAAGUGCUAGUUAGUUAUAUGUUGAUGUUGGUUUUUAUGACUUACAACACAUGGCUGUGCGCUGCUGUAGUAUUAGGAUCAGCGACAGGGUACUUCCUCUUUGGUUGGCGCGAAUCGGUAGUUGUUGACUUCACUGAACAUUGUCACUGAUGAAAAAUGUUCGCAAUUAUAAUGGUGAUUAGUAUUAGUUGUGAAGACCUUGUUUCGAAUACUGCUCAAAUAUAAAAAUCCAUGUUAUAAGAGGAAAGAUUAUAUGAAGUGCUGUUGAAUGAUUUAUACCAGUUAUACAAUAAAAAAAUGUAUCAUUUUAUGUUUGUACAAUCAUAUUAUUUAAUAAAAGAAUAUAUGACAAUA